AUGAAUCAGAUCACCAAAUAUGUGUUUUUGUCAAAAAUAUCAUCAUUCCCCCUCAUCAAUACACUCAUUUGCAGUCCUUCUUCCCCAUUAAUAUUCUUAUUUGUAAUCCUUCUUCCUUACCAAUAUUUUCAUUUACAGUCCUUAUCCACCAUCAAUACUGUCAUUUGUAGUCUUUCUUCCUUAUCAAUACUUUCAUUUUCAUCUUCCCUCCUUUUCAAUAUUCUCAUUUUCAGUCCUUCUCCAUUAUCAAUACUCUCAUUUGUAGUUUUUCUCCUCAUUAAUAUUCUUAUUUUUAGUCCUUCUUCCUUGUCAAUAUUCUUUCCUCCUCCUCAUCAAUACUUGCAUUUUCAUUCCUUCUCCCUCAUCAAUAAUCUCAUUUGCAGUCUUUUUCUCCUAUCAAUUCUCUCAUUUGUAGUCGUUCUUCCUUAUCAAUACUCUCAUUUGCAGUCCUUAUCCCUCCACAAAUACUCUCAUUUUUAG